AUGUCUGCUGAAUAUCAAGUAUUUCCCGAUAACUUUAAACUUCACUGGGACGAUAUUGCAGGAAUUCAGAGACUUUACGGAAAGAAAUCAACAAAGUUAACCACCAGUACCGCUAGAAGCACCACCCCUACAAGGACCACACCCAGAACGACCACACCAAGACGGACUCCAACAACACGCAGAACAAUUACAAACAGACCAACAGGAAGCAACAGAAUUUGUAAUCAUCCCUACGCAAGCAUUGAUGCAGCCAUGAGAAUUUCUGGAAACGACUUUGUUUUUGUUGACUACCGCUAUGUCAUCGACGGUCGAAGUGGACAUAAAAUGGAAAUCUCCAGCCUCUUUCCAGAUGGCCCUUAUAUGGUACAAGCCGCUGUAUAUUCUGAACAGGUCCAAAAAGCUUAUUUGUUUAGCUGUAAGGAGAAGCCCUUCUUCUUCUUCUUCUUCUUCUUCUUCUUCUUCUUCUUAUUAUUAUUAUUAUUAUUAUUAUUAUUAUUAUUUAUUUAUUUAUUUAUUUAUCUAGAUCAGAAUGUUUGGGCAUACAGUCUCGAUUCAGCCGGCCGAUUCCAUUUGAUCAAGAAUUUUCCCAAACUUAUUUCCAACACUUACAGCCAUAAUCCAGAAAGUGUGAUAAAUUUCAAUUAUGGCGACGAGAGACUAUUUCUCAUUAAGAAUGGAUACUUCAUGGAAUUCGAUCCUAAAUACGAAAGCGUAACUCCCGGCAGUGGAUAUCGAACACGCGACUUUUUCGUCAAUAUUCCAGAUGAGAUCGACGCAACAAUAGCUUCCACUGAUGAAGUCUACUUCAUCUCGAAAAAUAAGGCCUACAGAAUGUCUAAAGGAAAUCGCUGGGUUGAUAAACAAGGGAAACCAGUCAAUUUAGCUUUCAACAAAUGUCGAAAUUAA